CAUAGAAACAUGAUAGAAACAUAUUAACAUAACCUUAAAUGUAGUAUUUGACAAUACGACUUUCAAGAAUUAUAGACAUUACAUUAAAAAGUUCUAAGAUCAAGUAUUUAGUUUUCCAUUAAAAAUAAAUAAAUUUCCCCUUAAGAAAUUGAUGUCAUUGUUAAAUAAACCAUUUAUUCAAAAUUAUUGAAAAGAAUGUCUUCAGAUAUACUAUCAAGUUUCCAACUGGAUAAAGAUUUGGAGACAAGCAAAAUAAUUGUGGCAAAAGAAAUAAAUGGAUGUGAUAGUUCUUUUUUUAUUAGUUGUGUUCUUGGACAUUGUGUAAAAAAUAAAAAUGCAGUCUUUGUUAUAUCAACUCACAACUCACAGCAACAUUAUCAUAAUGUAGGCCUUAAAAUGAACUACAAUCUUCAAAAAGCCAUAGAAGCAGGCCAGAUUCAUUUUUAUGACGCUGGUGAAGAAUUGGUAAAUUCAGCACUAGAAAAUAAGUGCCAAACAGCAGAAGAGCUAUGGUUAAAUAUAAAAGAACCAUUAUUACAAAUGUAUAAUAAGUUUAAUGCUGUAAAUGUUAUAUUUGAUGGAGUAUCUCAUUUAUUUGACAUGCAAUUUAGUAUGAUACAAGUAAAUGAAAUCUACAAGAAACUGAUCGAUCUUAUAAGAAGUUUUAAUAAUUCCUAUUUAAUCUUUCAGUGCAAUGUAGCCAGUGAUGAUGAUUUUACAUAUGUUUUAGCAAAUCUUCUUGCUCAUAAAGCAGAUAUUUUAGCAGAGGUAGAGAGCUUAUCAUCUGGUUUAAGUGCAGAUGUAUCUGGCCAUUUAACUAUUAAAUAUUUAGGUAGUAAGUUUGAAAGUGAGAAUAUGAACAACUUUGAAACAAAAUCCUCUCAAUAUCUUUUUAAAUUAUUUGACAGAGGAGUAAAGUUACUUGCACCUGGAACUGUAUAAAAUUUGUUCUUGUAAUACCAUACUGUUAAGUAGUAAAUACUAUCAAUAUAGUAUGUGUAAAAUAAAAAAUAUUUUUUGUAUGUGGA